UCCAUUUUGCUCUGGGAUUCUGAGGACCACUGGUGGUGUAACGCUCACUUGCACGGACACGGAUCCGCUGGAUCGACAUAUUUCUCCUCUGAAACAUCUCCCCGCUCCUCUCGUCUCCCUCCCUCUCUCCUCUACACGCCGGUCGUACGUCAGACAUGACGACCGAGACCCCGCAGCAACAGCUGGACCCUCCGCCUCCUCUGAGAUCCAGCCCGGUGUCUGGCGUCCUGCAUCCCGCCAUGCUGAGCUCACAAGCCGCCACAGAAAGUUCGUCCACCGCCGCCAAAGGGAAAAAGUCGACCUCCGGUUUAAGACGACCGGAGAAGCCGCCGUACUCCUACAUCGCUCUCAUCGUGAUGGCGAUCCAGAGCUCCCCCACCAAGCGACUGACACUCAGCGAGAUCUACCAGUUCCUCCAGGCUCGCUUCCCCUUCUUCAGGGGCUCGUAUCAGGGCUGGAAGAACUCAGUCCGGCACAAUCUCUCCCUAAACGAGUGCUUCAUCAAGCUGCCCAAAGGCCUGGGCCGGCCGGGGAAGGGCCACUACUGGACCAUCGACCCGGGCAGCGAGUUCAUGUUCGAGGAGGGAUCGUUUCGGCGCAGACCCAGAGGCUUCAGGAGGAAGUGUCAGGCUCUGAAGCCCAUGUACCGGAUGAUGAACGGCAUCGGCUUCGGCACCUCCAUCCUCCCGCAGAGCUUCGACUUCCAGGCUCCCUCUGCGUCCCUCGCCUGCCACGGCAACAGCUACAACUUGGACAUGAUGAGCAACUCCAUGGCCGGGGGGUACGACGGGCUCAGCGGCGGCCACCACGUCCCCCACAUGUCCCCGAGCCCCGGCUCCACGUACAUGGCGAGCUGUCCCGUGCCGUCCAACGGGGAGUAUGGACCGGACAGCAGCAGCAGCCCCGUACCGUCCUCUCCGGCCAUGGCCAGCGCGCUGGACGGCCACUCCCCGUACGCCAGCUCAUCCGCUCACUGGGCUUCCUCCGGCGGGUCCCCGUACAUCAAGCAGCAGCCUCUGGCCUCCAACAGCCCCGCGUCCUCCGGCCUACACUCCGGCAUGUCUGCGUACUCCCUGGAGCAGAGUUACCUCCACCAGAACGGCAGGGACAGCCACUCCAGCGACAUAUCAGUGGGGAUCCCUCGCUACCAGAGCCACUCGUCGGUGUGCGACAGGAAAGACUUUGUGUUGAACUUUAACGGCAUCUCGUCCUUCCACCCCUCGGCCGGUGGCUCCUACUACCACCACCACCACCACCACCACCCCCAGAGCGUGUGCCAGGACAUCAAGCCGUGCGUCAUGUGAGCGCGCGCGUGUCUCGGAGGAACCGACGGCCCCAGUCAAACUGCAGGUCGUCACCAGAACAUUUGUAAAUUCGGAGGAUUCGCAGCAGGAUGUGUUUGAUUCCUCCUCCUCGCGGCCGAACUCUCUGUUUCUCUCUCGGUCGCACUUUUUUUGAGAAAAACUUGUUUUUGCAUUUUGUAAGGAAACGAAUGAAGAAACCACCCGAGGCCUUUAAAAGAAGAAGAAGAAGAAGAAGAAGAAUAAACAAACCACUGUGCCUUCAACGGAAGUCUCACAAACACGACUUCUUAAAAAAGUGUGUUUGCUCCUGUAACACGUGCAAACACUUUGUAUUCUAUGUAACUCUGAUCUAUAACGACACACACGACGCUUGAGGCUAACAUGAACUGCAACAAACCUGCACUUAUUGUAUAACCCCUUUGCCAACUUGGUUUCUUUUUGUCUUGUAAAAUGAUUCAAUAAAGCUGAUAUAUAUUUUAGGCUAAAUUCAGACUUUUGU